UGAGGAAGUACUGUACAAUUUACUGGAUAAGGAAAGGAAGAAGUCUUGGGAUGACUGAUGAUGGUGGGCUGAUUCACCGUGGUCGGUCACCGGUACCGGCGUGGGAGCAGCAGCGGCAGUCUCCCUCCAGGCAGUUUCUGGGAAGCCGCCGUCGCCCCGCAAACCGCGACCACAAAUCAGCAGUUUCUGGGAAGAGGUGAGCUGACGGACGCUACCUCUGCUCAUUCUCGCCGUCUCGCGGGGGAAUUGUGGCGCCGGCUGGCUAGCGAGAGCGUCGGCGGCAGCAGAGGUCAGAAGUUUCAGGGCAAUAGGGAGCAGAAAACAGGAGGCAUCUAUUCUAGUCCGAGUCUUGCCCUUGCACUCGGUUGCCAUGGCGUUGUGGACAGGGCUGGGUCAGGCGGCGACGGUGGCGCAGCUGGUCGGCGCAGACGUCGGCGGGCUCGUCUCCAUGAUUGUGCAGGCCGCCAUGACGGCUCGUCAGAACAAGAGUGAGUGCGAGCAGCUUGCUCGUCGUGUCCUCAUGAUCGCGCAGCUGUUGCCGCAUGUCCAGGAGCCAGAGGCAGUGCAGCCGCUGGCUGGGCUAGGCGAUACUCUCCGGGACGCCCACGAGCUCGUCGUGUCGUGCCAGGUGAGGAGCGCAGCGUACCAGUUGGUCAUGGCCGGCAGGACGGCCGAAAGGUUCAGGGAAGUGCAGGGCAGGAUCGACUCCUACCUCAUCCUCUUCCCAGUGAUCAGCCACAUCGGCAUAACACGCCGCCUCGAACGGAUCUACAACGUCCUUGUUCCAGAUGACUCAACUAGAGAUGAACCGCCGCGUCCACUUCCACAGCUGCAGGAGUUUACAGAGGUUGCUGAGGAGGUACUGCCGCAUGGAACGCAGGAACUUACGUUGGCCGAGAUCAUGGCUGCCACCAAUAACUUUGCCCCGGACACCGUGAUCGGUGAAGGUGGCUCCGGAAAGGUGUAUAGGGGCAGACUUUACAAUGGGCGAGAGGUGGCCAUCAAGCGCCACAACUGGCAAUCACACUACUCAGUGAAUGACUUCCUCACGGAGUUGGACAUCCUAUCACUGCUCCGACACAAGCACAUCAUCCGUCUCUUUGGAUCCUGUGUGACCGUGAGCAAGGACAAACGCCUGCUAACCACCCCGCAAAAGAAAAUAAAGGACCUGCUAUCUAAUAUGCGGAGAAAGAAGCCGGAGGCGCUGAUCGUCUAUGAGUACAUGGAGAACGGCACGCUCUCCGACCACCUGCAUCGUGACGUGGGCGCCUCUGACUCGUCGCCGGUGACAAUGUCUUGGAAGAUGCGCGUUCAAGUGCUCCUCGCUGUGUCACGCGCCAUCGAGCACCUGCACUGUCAUGCCAACCCACCGAUCAUCCACCGGGACGUCAAGCCGUCUAACAUCCUUUUCGACGCGAGUUGGGUGUCAUGUUUGUCUGACUUUGGCUUGUCAGUCGUCUGGGACAUGGCGAGUGAGGAGUCAGGGUUGGAGCUCCCCGUGGAAGGCACAUAUGGGUACGCUGACCCUGAGUACGUGCACACAGGUCUUCUGAAGCCGGCGAGCGACGUGUACAGCGUGGGCGUGGUCAUGCUCGAGGUUUUGACAGGGAAAAGGGCGGUUUUCCAUGCUGAGGAGGAGAUGCAUGGAGAUCUGGUAUCCUUUGCACUCCCCAUCAUUGAGGUUGGUAAUAUUGAGGAGUUGUUGGACAGGCGACCUUUACCGGAGCCAACGCCAUGGCAGCUACAUGCGUUGAAACGUGUUGUGCAGAUUGCACGUUGGUGCGUGAGGUUGGCUGGGAAGGACCGGCCGGCCAUAUCAGACAUUGUUGCCAACCUCGAGAUGGCAUACGAGUUGUUCUGCAGAGACGAGUCAGGUCCAGUUGACGAGCCAUGUUUGUGGCCCUUUCUCAAAAAUGAUGAAGACUCACCGGACUCGCCACAUGCCAGCAGUGUGACAUCGACAUGCUACUAUUCCGAUCUGGAACCUGAGGUGUUGGAAGAUGGACCAUGACAUCAAUCGUCCAAGGAGCAUCAUACCAUGGCAGGCCUGACGAUGGGCGACCAGUGGCCGCCAAUCGCUUCAAUCACCCCGAUGAACAUCGUGUUACCAUGUUUAGGUAAUACCCUGCUUCUUGUAAUCUAGAUGAGCUUGCUGGGGCCGGCAGUUUCAGACAGGAGCUCGGAUGGACCCCCAAUAUUAUGUAUAGUUUGCUUCUUCACCAUCCACCCUAUUGUUUUUAAGACCAUUUGUUCGAUGGUAUUUUCAUAUAAUAAUUAAAUAAAGUACAUAUGUACAGAUGAAGCAAAAUAGAAGAAUGGUUUAUCCAAUACGAGCCCUACGUAACUUAGAAACCAGAGUAAGAGAUGAUAAUAAAGUUGAUACUUUGGACAAAGAAUGAUAGUGCGGAUGUUUUUAUAGCUAUGUUGAUGUAAGGAAAUGUCGCCGUUAGCUAUGUAGGAUGUGCUGCGUAUGGAUUCAUGUCAUGUUUUCUGUUUCUUUCUAGAAGAGUUGCAGUCUUGUACGUAUGCUGAAACUCAGAAACUGUAAUAAGCAGGUAGAGUUGGCUGCGGCUGAAAGCCUGGGGUAGAGUUCCUUUCAAAUGAAAUGAAAUUGGGGAACUCAUGUUUCUUAUAUCCAAAUUUUAGAAAUAAAUCAGGUGAAGCAUGUCUGAUAUGAUAUGACGACGACGACGGUGCUAGAGCUGUAAGGGGCGAGGAAUGGAUGACAGUGCAAAAUGAUAGGCUUGUGGCUUUGAGGACGAAGCACCUUGAGAUCAUGCGAUGUCAAAUUGACCGGGUCUUAAUUACAAGAUUUAUCUCUUUAAUCACUUUGUGGACAU